AUGUCAGGGCGCCAAGGUGGAAAAGCUAAGCCUUUGAAGGCUCCAAAGAAAAAGCAACACGAAGAUGAUGAAGAAGAUGCCGCUUUCAAAGCCAAGCAAAAGGCUGAUGCUGCUGCUAAGAAGGCGAUGGCCGAAAAAGCCAAAAAAGGAGGUCCAAUGGUUGGUGGUGGAAUCAAAAAGAGUGGGAAAAACCCCAUUUCUGAUACUUGGGUUCUCGAAACUCGAUGUGCCGGUGACUGGACCCGUUAA